AAAGUUCAACUAAAAAUGGCUUCCUUGUCUUUGGAGUCUCCAGAACAAACGGAGAAUGGAAGCGACCGAUCAGAAGCCCGGGUUAAAGAAGAAAAAGAGUCGGCGGACAGUUCGGACCAGUUAUUGGAGAGCUUCCCGAAAUCUGCGCUCGGUUUCUCCAGUGAGCAGGUCGCCUGCGUGUGCGAGGCGCUUCUGCAGGCGGCCAACGUGGAUCGGCUGUGGAGCUUCCUGGCCACCAUCCCUCCUCAGUCCGACGUGCUACGUGGCAAUGAGACCCUGCUUAAGGCCCGGGCCCUGGUCGCUUUCCACCGCGAGGACUUCGCCGAGCUCUACGCCAUCUUGGAGAGCCGCGACUUCCACCCGAGCAACCACGGGUUCCUGCAGGACCUGUACCUGCGCGCGCGCUACAAGGAGGCGGAGAGGUCGCGCGGGCGCAGCCUGGGGGCCGUGGACAAGUACCGGCUGCGCAAGAAGUUCCCUCUGCCCAAAACCAUCUGGGACGGAGAGGAGACUGUGUACUGUUUUAAAGAGAAGUCGAGGAAUGUCCUGAAAGAAUGCUACAAAGCGAACCGGUACCCGACUCCAGACGAGAAGAAAAACUUGGCCAAACUUACUGGACUGUCUUUGACCCAAGUCAGCAACUGGUUUAAAAAUCGGCGACAGCGGGACAGAACCCCGUCUGGUACCAACAGCAAAAGUGAAUCUGAUGGAAACCACAGCACAGAGGAUGAGGCUAGUAAAGCUGACUUGGAAGACAUUACUGACAAACCUGCUGCUCAAGCAGCUGGAGGCUCAACUGCUUCCCUCAUUUCCCUCUCUGGUACCCCCUGUAGUACUAGCAGUCAGCUUAUUCUCAAUAACCCAGGAGGAUUCCUCACUAGCCCCCACCCUCUACUGCUCAAUGGUAGCCCAUUACUUUCAGGGACUGGAACUGGUGUCAUAAUUAAUGGUCUUACCCUGAGCGAUGGCCACACAGUCACGCUAAGUCCGGUAACUUCUAACACUCCACUGUUGCUCAAUGGAGCCCAGGUUAUUUCAAAAGGCAGUGGAAAUGAUUCCACCUCAGGUGAACAGACUUUAACCCAAAUUGAAACACAAGCCAGCCUUCCCACUGUGAUCUUGAACCCACAGGCCAGCCUUACUAGCACAGUCUUAGUCCCAUUAAAAGAUGAAGCAAAAACAUCCAGCCCUGUCUCUCCACUGGACUUCAUCAGCGUUCCAGAGGUUAUAAAAAAUGAAGAGGGCACCCACACAGUGUGUCCCACCUCCAUAUCCACAUCCAUCAUCUCUUCCACAAUAAUGACUCCCACCUCCCUUGCUUCGAUUGCACUGACUCAAAAUAGCAUCCUUUCUUCAGCAGCUCCUCAAACUAAUACAGUCAUUUCCAGUCCAGGUUUGUCUGCGCAGCAACAUCAUCUAAACCUUACCACUGCCAUCUCACAGGUGGCAUCAUCUUCCAUGGUCUCUAGCACCCCUGUCCUUACAUUGCCCCAGGUGGUACCCUCCAUCCAAGGAAUUUCUGUAUCCCAAUUAGUGCAGCACCCAGCAGCUACACAGGUGAGCUCAUGCCCUCAGCUGGUGCCAGUUUCCCCCAUUACUACUCAGCUACCAAAUGGCAGCAGCCCUCAGUUUCAAAGCCAGACUCUGCAAAUCAGUCCUAGUCUUUCUCAAGUCCAACCUCAGAAUGGCUCCUCAUCAGUAUGUGAAAACACAGUUGUGUCCAUCACCCAGGUGCCCAAUGGACAGCCUUCACAAGGGAUGACACUUCAGUUGUCAGGACAAUCCAAUUCAACCCCCAUUCAACAGAUACAGACCCCCAUUGGAACCCAAGGUAUUUCUGUCUCCUCCCCAACUCAAGUUGUGCCUGUUUCUCAGCUCAAAGAAACAGGACAGCCCCAGCUGGUCCCUUUGUCACAAGUAAUGUCAGUGCCCUCCAUUGCUGGAGCAGGAACCAUCCCUUUUCCACAGGUGGUCCCAGCAGCACCCUCUUUUACCAUCCCAUCUACUGGAGGUGCUUUCCAGAUUUUGACCUCAGGUUCUGGAGGAGGUCUUGGUUUUGCCCAGGGACCGGUUCGAAUUAGCCCCAUAGGGCCUCCACAAAGUGUACCUGCAGGUGGAGGUAUCCCAAGUGUCCAGCUUCUUAAUUCUGGGGUUAUUCAACUGCCAUCUCCUUCUCCAGGUAACUUCCUCUUGGCAGGUGGUGGUCCAUUCCUGAGUGUUCAGAAUGGCAAACUGAUUCUCACCAUCCCAGCUGGCAUCCAGUUAACCAGUAUGCCUGUCAAAUCCGUCCCAGAAAAUUUUUUCCCAACCUCUUCUAGCAGCAGUGGACUAGAACAAACAUCAGUUCUUUCUUCUUCAGUGAAUCAGCCAUUUUCCUCUUCCUUUGUCCAGACCUCUUGUCCCAUGCAGACAUCUUUUACUGGCUCAUCUGCGCUUUACAGUAGCCCUGAACCUGGAACUUUGGCCAACCCCACUCCAGGGGCCUCUCCAAACACCUCAGACUCCACUAUCCCCACACCUACUAGUGUCUUUCCGGCCCAGCACAUGCUCAGCCCUGAGAGCAUGCUGUCCUUUAGUCCCAUCAGCAGUAUGGCCAGUGGUCCACAUGGCCUUCAACCAGCUUGGAGCCCCAUACCCCUGUCGUCUACAGCUGGAUUCACACUGUUUGAUGUACGAGGGAAAGGUGAUCUACAUGAGGACUCUGCUUUAUUAGGCUUACCAGGUGGGGAGUCUUUGCUUUUAGGUACCCCUCCUCCAAGUGAUGACAUGGACAGCGAAUCGCACAUGGACGAUGUUGACAUGAAUGGGGACUCGAAAAUUCUUACCCAGUUGCAGUCUGUCCCUGUAGAUGAUGAUUUGGUCUUAUAACGGCUCUACAUUUAAUAUUGCCUCAGACAAUAUUGAAACUUGGUCCAAAUGGAC